GUUAAACAAACAAACAAACAAUCCAAAGUUAAAACUCCUAUAUAAAUCUUCAUUGACUUAGCUAUUAAUCUCUUGUAAGUUUUAGCGCUUAACUUGGUUCGUAAAAUCUCAUUUUCCCGUUCCUUUCUUCACCUAACACCUCCCAGUUUCUUUAGUACGUGUUAAAGAUACAUUUAAUCUCUCAACCCCUUUUUUUUGCGGAAAAUGAAAUCAAACACUUGGUGAAGUUGGAUAUGGAGAAAACCCCAGAUCCGAAGCUCGUCGGAGCUCAAUUUCUGGGUUUGCAAAAUCCCGGUUUUGCCUUCUAAUCGAGAGCUAUUUUCACUGGAAAAGAUUGUGGAUUAGAGAUACAAACACACGUGGGUCAAUCAGUGAUUUGGUUAAGUUACAACCAUUUAUCUUAUUGAUUGACUUGCCUAAAGGGGAAAUAAAAAUGUUGGUUUUUCGAUUGGGUUCAUUUGUAUGCAUAUUCGACUCUUGGUUAGCAGUUUUUAGUUUGGAGUUUGGGAAUUGAUUAAAAUUAGGUGUGUAUUCUUUUGGGGUUUUGUGCAAUUGGGAAUUCUUUUGGUGGUGAAGAAGACUCUUUAGAAGAGUUAUGGAUGAGGAGGAACAUGAUCCGCAGAGUAGUAAUGAGGUUUUGAGUCGAGAUGACCGAAGGGCGAAGGAGAAUUCGAGUGAUUUUGUUGAUGGAUCGGCCGUUGAGACCAUCACUGCGGUUAAAAAGGAGGAGAGAGCGUGUCAUAGCGAAGAAAACAAAGAUUUGGAGCUAAGGGGUUGUGAAUUGGGGUCAACUAAUGGAGUUGAACAAGGAACUAUUGCAAAUCCAACCAAUUCGGGUGUUCGGGUGGUUGUUGAGGCUUCAGUUGUGAUCAGUCCCUCUGAGGCUCCACUUGUGAGUGGAGAUAACAGGGUGUUGAAUGCAAAGGUUGAUGAGUUGGGGUUGAGUAUAAUGUCUGUGGAAGAGUCGAAGAGUAAGAUGUCUGAAUCUGAGAAGCAAUCGUGCGUGAUCGAUAUAAGCUGCGGAAGUGCCAAAAGUUGUGGUGAUAAAUGGGAUGGUGAAAGGAUUUGCAGGAUUUGCCAUUUGAGUUCUGAUCAAUCACCGGAUAGAAGAACCACGACAACUUCUGUUGCGGAUUUAAUUCAUCUUGGUUGCGGGUGUAAAGAUGACCUGAGCAUCGCACAUUAUCAGUGUGCAGAAGCUUGGUUUAAGGUGAAGGGCAACAGAAUGUGCGAAAUUUGUGGCGAGACUGCAAAAAACAUUACUGGUGUUGGGGAUAUCAGAUUUAUGGAGGAGUGGAAUGAAAGAUUUACUCGCAGCGGUAGUAUGUCAUCUGAGAGGAGUGGAGGAUGCUGGCGCGGACAGCCCUUUUGUAACUUCUUGAUGGCAUGCCUUGUGGUAGCUUUUGUACUCCCCUGGUUCUUUCGUGUAAAUAUGUUCUAGUAAUGGGAGUGAAUAAGCAUGAAGGUUCUUUCCA